CCGGAUUCACCCGUCAUGAAGUACUCCGCAGCAUGCUAAAAAACCCGAAAAAUGCGCAGCAAAAACCGCCUCAAAGACUUAAAAAGAAGACCAAAAUACCUCUAUUUCCCCCUCUUUUCCAAGCCAGUACUUGCAUGCCUUGACAUGAAGAGCCCUGGACUUCUAUCCUCCAAUCCCGCUGAGGAGCCUCGGAGGAAGAGGAUUCUGGUAACAUUGGCCUAGGGAAAUACUCCAUGGAUGAAGGCUCGAAUCUCUGCUUCCAAUCUCCUCCCUUCUUUGAAUGGCUUAAGCCACCUUCCUCCUCCUCCUCCUCCUCUCCACCCCUAGCACAAGAAUGCUUGCCACUUUUGGGUAGUCUUGGAGGGGCUAAGAAGCCCAUCGAGGAACAAGAGGACUUUGUUGGAAAGGAUGUCAGUCAGGAAAAGGUCACUGUGGCCUUGAACAUUGGAUUGCCAGGUGCAUCAAGAGAGGUUGAUGGGGGGACCAAGCCUUUGAACCGGAAGAAAGAAGAAGAGGAGGAGAUGGAGAGCGUACGCGACUGCGAUUCAGGUGGUUCAUCAAAAAGGUUUUGGAUCCCCACCCCAGCUCAGAUCCUCAUAGGGCCAGUACAAUUCUAUUGCACUGUUUGCAAUAAGAGCUUCAAUCGAUACAAUAAUAUGCAGAUGCAUAUGUGGGGGCAUGGAUCAGAAUAUAGAAAGGGAACAGAAUCUCUUAAAGGCACGCAACGGAUUGCAAUGCUCAAGCUUCCAUGCUACUGCUGUGCUCAUGAGUGCAAGAACAACAUCAAUCAUCCCCAAGCUAAGCCAUUGAAGGACUUUAGAACCCUUCAGACUCACUAUAAGAGAAAGCACGGAUUGAAACCCUUCAAGUGUAGAAAGUGCAGCAAGCCAUUUGCUGUGAGAGGAGACUGGAGGACCCAUGAGAAAAACUGUGGAAAGGUGUGGUUUUGUACCUGUGGGUCUAAUUUCAAACACAAACGUUCGCUCAAAGAUCAUAUGAGAUCAUCUGGCAACGGUCACUCUCAUUACCUUCCUCAAAAGAUUCCUGAGUUAUAGAAGGUUAUCAUAAGAUUCGACAAUGAAGUGGUCACAGGAAAAUCCUGUUCCACUACUACAUUAAAUUAAACUGAAUGAUGGAAGUUAUUAGGCUUAUCCAAUCUUGUGCUCGGUAAAAAAAAACUCUUGGGUUCUCUUUGCUUGAGAAGGGACCAGGCGGGAGUCGUUCCUUGUGGAGAUUAGAAUAAUGAUGGGCACUGGUACGCUUUUAUAAUAUGUAGGUGGCUUGGUUGUUUAAUGCGGCAAGAAAAAGAGAGAUUACCUCCGAAAAGACUGUGAAGUAGCUGAAUUUUCUUCUGUGUCAAGGUAAUGGAGUGUCAUAAAAUUUCGUCAUGACAGCGAAAACAAAAUCAGCUGCAAUCUUUGUUCAGAGAAAAUUUCCCAACUUCACAGACUAUUUGGGUGAUUCCAAUAAUGAACUUUUUUCAUUCUGUUGUGUGUAAGAGCAAUUUUAUGAAUUAUGUUGUUGUACCUUAAUUUUCUUUACAUAGUAUAUUUCGCUUUAUUGCCACAUAAAUCAUUUUUUGGACUAUAGUUUUGACUGUGAGUA